AAUGCCACUGCGCAUGUCCGAAAGCUUAUUCAACAAACAUGGCGGCGUCGUACGUGAGGACAGUACUAAAAGGUGUACACCUUGUCUCUGGCCGGUGGCUCCUAACACAGAGCAGCCAUACCACGGCAGUGUGUCAGUGUUUGCGGCUGCACGCUGCUCGGUGUCGACCUCUACAUGUCUCUCCUGCUGCCUCCCUGUGCAGCUCCAGGACAGAGCCGCAGAAGAGCAGCACCCGCACAGACAACAGGAGAGCCGAGGAGGAGGAGGAGGAGGACGGUCCGGAGUACAUCCCCAGGAGAAAGGCGAAGAAUCCCAUGACGACGAUUGGUUAUGCCUGGAUGAUUGGCCUCCCAACAGGUAUCAUCGCCUUCAUCCUGGCCAAGAGAGAAGUGGACAAGAACCGACUGAAGCAGCUGAAGAUUCGACAGAGGAUGAAAAGGUCAACCGAGGGAAAAUAUGAAGGCAGCCGCUACCGGCGUCACACCGAGGAGGUUAACGUGGACCGAUAAUGUUCAUCCUGAAUGUCGCAACUGAUUUGGUGAGUCCUGCACUCCAUGCCCAAGACUGAGUAGAGGAGAAUUGCAUGAGCUUUACUGAUAACAUCCAAAAGCCCUGUGAGACAUUCAGAACUGGGUUACUGUUUGUUCUGUGGAUUGAUGCAGGAAAUCCAGGAAGGGACGUGCCUGCAACAAAGCCUUUCAUCCGGACUGUUUUUUUUCUUCCUCUUGAAUAUAGAUGGUUCAUAUUAUAAAUUUGACCACUUCAUUAAAUCCAGAGAAUGACCACAUACAUUAUUUAUAAGCCAUCACGCUGAAGUUCUAUAGAAAUAAGAGGAAAUAAAUAAAAAUGUAUAUUUAUAAAUGAACUUUUCUUUAAACAUAAAUUGUAACUGAUACAGCUGCACAUGAAUCACAUCAAUUUCAAAUAAAAAUCUUUUAUUUGAUAUGAAAAGGCAAAUGGAUUCUCUUCAGCAUUGAUAUGUAUAUUUACAAACCCAUACCCCUUACUAUCUAUGCCACACAGUCAGAAUGUUGCCAUAUCUGUUGAGAGUUUAGGGUUAUAUGAAACUUUGGUCUGGGUGGAGGACCAGCCGGGUGGGGUUGAUUAUGUCAAGAGGUUUUGGACAGUGAGGCAGUUUGGCUGUAGCGCUCUGACUUUGGAAAUCUUGACAGUGUUUCAACGGGAAUGAUUGUGCUGUCCCAUGUGGAAAACCCCACCCUGCUGGCACACUCAGCAUCUGACCCAGAUCUGACUGUAAACAAGAAUAUAUAAACAGAUACAUACAGUAUGUAACAAUACUAUAAAAGCUUAUGAGUAUAACCCUGUACAUCUUAAAGUAAAAAAUGUAAUCUCACAAACAUUGUCAUUGUGAAGGCACUAUAGUGAUGUAGAAUGUAAAUACAAUAGAGCAACACAUGUAUCAAAGACCAUCAGCAAAGUCUUGCUGGCAUGAACCAGCAGAUCUGAGGCUGUCGUCACUGAGCUGUACUUCAGGGGUGGGCAUGUCAAUCCUUUAAGUACUGAUAAUACAAAUAGUAAGUGUUGAGCAUAUCCAUACUAGUGACUCAGGAUCAAUACCAGAUGUCCAAGUGUUAUAUCGUACAUUAUGUAACAUCACAUUUUGGGUACAUCGGCACUCAUCUGAGAGCAGCACUGUUUGCUUUACAUAUGUUAGUUCAAUGCGUUCACACUGAACACUGAUUUACUGUUAAACCCUACUUUGAAUUUUAAACUUCCAUGUGAUAGAAGCAGUAGGUCAAUAUUUUUGAGAGACUUUCUUGCUGAGAGCUAGAUGAGAUGACGGAUACUGCUCUCAUCCCCGUACGGUAAAUAUGAAACUACAGUGAGCUAGCUGUUGCAUUUAGCUUAGCUUAGCAUAAUGACUGGAAAAGGCGGAACAGUGAGCCAGGCGCUCAUCAUAGAUAAAAUUCCACCUACCAGCCUCUAACGCUCACUAAUCAACACAUUGUAUUUGCUUGUUUAAUGCAUAUAAAAACCAAAGUGUAAAAAUGGCACAUCCAGUUGAGACUGUAGGAAUUUACAGCUCAUGGACGAGAAAAUGUGUAGAAUGUAAUCCCUGUUAAAGCAUAACCUGGCA